UCCAAGGUCAUGUGCUCGGGCGAAGGGGAGGGGAGGGGGAACAGCCGGGAUCGCUCGGUCUGGGGCCGAUGGCCGAGCUGGCGCUGCGCCGGGAGCUGGACGAGCGGCUGCUCCACCUGCUGGGGGCGCUGGAGACGUUGCAGGGCAAGAGGGACGAAUUCAACAGCUGCGUGGAGCAGGGCUGGUUCUCGCUCUCUAAGUCCCGCUUCGCCAUGGGCUGCAAGUCGGUCUCUGCCCUGCAGUACGGGGCCCGCAUGGAGCCGCUGGUCCGGGUGUGUGCCAGCCCGAGGGGGGGGUCAAUGGUGUGGUUUAUUCCUUCCAGCGAGGGCGAGAGCGGGCAGGUCGCCUUCCAGGUGAUCCCAGGAGACGGGGACCCGUCCGCAGAGGCUGCUGAGGGGUCACCGGCCGUGGAGGAAAUCGGGCCCCAAGACCAAGUCUUGCGGCAGCGAAAGGGCCCAGGGAAAACUGCGGAUCCUGGCCCCCCCGUGGAGGCAGCCCCCGAACCAGAUUCCCAGAACGGGGCCUCGUCCCGGGACCCACUGACCUGGUUCGGGAUCCUGGUGCCCCAGAGCCUCCGGCAGGCUCAGAGCAGCUUCAAAGAGGGGAUUCUCCUGGCCGGGGAGAUCGCCAGCCUACAGAGCGACAUCGAGGCCACGCGGGCACAGUAUCGGGCGCUGCUGGAGAGAAAGCGCCAGCUGCUGGCCAGAGAGGGGUAGUGCAGCCAACGCCCCCCCUCGGCUUUCGCCCCCCACAGCUGGGUGUAUUGUAACCGCCGCUGCCCACGUCAAUAAACUGGGAUCGCUGCU